UGAAAAUAUGAAAUAUUUAUUUAUUCAUUUUUUAAAAAAAAAUUUGGGAGGUGAGUGGUGGUGGUAGGGAUCAUGGUAGAUCGAAUCGGACAUAGAAUGUGCGCCUUGCACUAGGCGGGUAAUGGCAACACCGCUAGCUUGUAAACAAGGGAAAUAACUCUGAAAUUAAAUGUAUCUUCGAUCGCGGACCGAUGUUUUAAUGUUUACACUGCAGAUUUAGAAGACUUUAAAACUGUAAAAUCAGGUGGCAUACACAUAUAAAAAGAAACUGACAUCGUGAGUACGAUGAGUGUUGACAGAGUUUCCUGGACAGCCAUUGUGUUGACAUCGGCAAACAGAGAAUGGACACACACUUUACAGCAAGAACUGGAAAUCCGCCAAGCCAAAGGUUACAUCGACAAAGAUGUCAUACUGUUGACAGUCGAGGACCCAAAGUCCAAUGUAGGCAGCGGAGGGGCCACAAUCAAUGCCCUGUUGACAAUUGUUGAGUUCCUAAGUGCAAAGAAAGGAUACACAGUGAUCAACCCAGAUGUACUUUUGGAAGCUCAUAUUCUAAUUCUGCACAGUGGAAGAAGCUACCCGUAUGAUUCUUGCAGCCGACCCUUUACAACACUCCCUGUGCAAUAUAGUAAUGCUGAAUACGAUGGGCUUGUCACCAGUAUUGACCUUCUACUCAAAGUUAUUUCGGAAAAGAUUGCAGUGAAAUCCCGUUCGGGUGUGUGGAUCAGUAGCACUGAUAUGAUGCUCUCUAUUCCAUCAGAUGCUGAUGUUCCGUGGGUUGAAAGUGAAGUGUGUGUCAUCACAAUGCCGAGCACAAUCCAGUACUGCAAGGACCAUGGUGUUUAUAAACUGGAUGCGGAGGGCAAUGUUAAGGAUAUCCUGUACCAGCAGAAGGCUGAUGUUUUGGGAUCGUGUCAAAGACGUGAUGGAUCUGUCCCUGUGGUUGCUGGUGUUGUGUACUUCAACAAUGCGGUCGCUAGUAAACUGUUGUCCUUCCACACCAAGCCGCCUCUCGAUGCCUGCACGUACAUGGGAUUAGACAGCGGACAGGCACCACUUAAAUUGUCUCUAUUCUUUGAUGUCCUGCUGCCAAUGACUGGGUUAUCGGAAAAUGAGUUUGUUGCCGGAGAAAGAAACCGAUCAUUUUCAAAAUAUGGCCAGAACCAAGUGAACGUGUCCAUGGCUCGGAAACUAUGGCAAGAACUGCACGACUUCAGAAUUAAAGCAUGUAUGAUAGAGACCGGAGAGUUCCACUAUCUGCCUGACCUGUCUGCUGAACACAAGAAGAUUCUACUUAACUGCCCUUUGAAGGCCUGUAACUAUGACAACCUCACAUGGAACAAUGUUAUACACUCUUCUAUCGGGAACAAGAGUCAAGUGAGUGAGGACAGUGUUGUGAUUAACAGCAUCCUACAAGGGGAGGUAACUGUGGGAUCCAAAACCACAGUCAGCCAUUCUUAUUUUCAAGGAAAGGUUGUGGUGGGAAAGGAUUCUAUUGUUGCUGGUCUGAGAAUCGAGGAUUUUAAGAUGAAGAAGAUACUAAAGUUUGGAGAGGAUCUUGUUAUCCAAGGUUUCAACAUUCAUCUGAAGACACUGAACACAAAUCCUUACGUGUUGACUGUUCAUGGACGAUUUGACAACAUUAUGAGCCCAACUUGGAAGACGACAAGUACGUUUUGUAAUGACCUGUGGCUCGUGUUUCUCGACCGGACGGGAAUACUGCGGGAAGAUCUCUGGGGAACUGACGUCGAAAAUGAUGACCAGACCAUAUAUACUGCAAAGCUGUACCCAGUGUUCCAUGCAACCGACCAAGUAGGACUGGAGGAAAUUCUGUGGCUUCAAGGACAAACUGUGCGCGAGGAUGACAAAACAAUUCUUAAGAGAUGGCGCUCCUCUUGGCGACUUUCACUGAUGGAAAUUUUACAGUUUAUCAACUUAUCAGAGGAAUUCCAAUGGAGAAAGGAGUUAUUCUACAAGAUCAGCCAGCAAGACUUGGUUCAUGUCUUAACCAAUCGGGAACACAAGGGCUUUUGUAAUGUUUUCAACAGUGCCAGUGUGGAAAACUUCUCACAGCAAAUUCUACAGACACUAGAUAAAGUUGCUGAGAAGGCGACAUCUCCAGGCCUAGCAGCGAGAACGCUGGCCAACAUUGCGGAUGUUCUCGGGUCCAUGGCUGGGCUGAAGGGUGGACUGCGGAGCGGACCUGCUGCUAACAAGUCGUGGUCAAAGGCAUUCAAUUUCUUAGAGGCCAAUGAUAUAGCGGCUGGUGUUCAUGCUCUAGCUAAAGAACGUGAUCAGUGGCUGGGUCGGCCCGACCUGCUGGUUCGAGCAGCGCGACACUACGAGGGGGCGGCCGCAAUACUUGUCAGACAGGCAGUCAUGACAGCAAAGGAGUUUUUCAGAUUUGACGAGGCGACGCCCACUCCAAUGAACAAAUGGGUAACAGCUGAAUGUCCUGCCAGGAUUGACGUCUCCGGGGGUUGGUCUGACACCCCUCCCAUCACGUACGAACACGGUGGGGCAGUCACCAUCAUUGGUGUUCUCAUAAAUGGAAAAAGGCCGAUUGGAGCAAGAGCUAGAAGAAUUGAAGAACCAGUAAUCCGACUUGAGAUCACGGGAGAUGGAGUGGAGAGUCAGAUUGUUGUGUGUAAAGAACUCCAUGAUCUGGAGGACUACUGUCAGCCUCACAGUCCUGGUGCUCUCCUAAAAGCAUCGUUCAUCUGUGUGAACCUGAUUAACUUGUCGUCAUCCUCAACCCUUGCUGAACAGCUAACCAGUAAAUACAGCGGAGGAUUCGAGAUGAAGACUUGGUCCAAUCUGCCUCACGGAUCGGGCCUGGGAACGAGCAGUAUUUUGGCUGGAGCCAUCCUUGGAGCUCUUUUAUGUGCUGCUGGGAAGAAAAGCGACCGAGAUUCACUCAUUCAUGCAGUUUUGUACUUGGAGCAGUUGUUGACGACUGGCGGGGGAUGGCAGGACCAGAUCGGGGGACUGUGUGGGGGAAUACACCUCGGUCUCUCGGAGGCGAAGCUGCCCCUCAAGGUGGAAACCGUUGACCUCAAAGUACCGCAAACCAUCAUCGACAACUUCAACAAGAGGCUGGUUCUCGUGUACACGGGGAGGACUCGACUGGCACGAAAUCUGCUACAGGAUGUGCUAAGAAACUGGUAUGCACGGAACCCGUACAUCAUGAAGACCGAAGACUCGUUGGUUGAUCUUGCCAAGGAGUGCUCCCAUGCGGUUAUAGAGGGUAAUUUGGACAACGUGGGAUCGUGCAUCAGUCGGAACUGGUCCAUGAAGAAGCUGAUGGCUCCUGGCUGCGAGACGGAAACCAUUGAGAAGAUCAUGUCGCUCCUACGUCCUCACGCUAGCGGGAUGUGUAUGGCUGGGGCCGGAGGUGGGGGAUUCCUCUAUGCAAUCAUGAAGGAGUCCGACAAGAAACAGUUUGUCCAAGACCUUUUGACAGGAGUUGAGGGUUUGGAAGAUGUUGUCCUCUACGAUAUAUGUGUGGACAAACAAGGACUGACGGUGUCCGUAGAAGACUAACAAAUACUUUCUCAGAGGACAACAUCACCCAGCAACAUUCCAGCUCCUUUGGUAGCUCGAAGUAUAUAAUCUAUAAUUAUAAAUCAGGAAACUUUGCAGUUAAUGAUAUAACUGGGUAAAGCAUUCAGUACCAGGGCAGUUAUGAUGUUUUUACAGUGCCUAAUAUAUUGACUUAUAUGAUGCAUAUCAUAUAUUUAUAUACUUUGUGUUUGAGGUACAUGUAUUUUAUGUUGAGUGUUUUCAAAAGAUUACCAUGUUUAGUGUAGUAAGUGUUGAGCUAGGAAUCCAUGUGUACGUAUUGUGCACGUGCGUAGUGUGUGAUGUGUAUUGGAACGAUCACAGAGGAGUUCUGGAAUUAACAUAUUGUGCUUUACGCAACACACAUUGUGUACAUAUAGAAGCACUUCAGUUGAUUUCUAUAUAAAGCGGCGUUCUUAUUAUGGGAUUUGUCACAUGCGAUUUGUCACAAAUCGUGUUUGUGGAAAGAUGUUACAUCAUAAGAUUUCAUAACUUCAAAGCUCGUCAGUUUAAAAAUAUUUUGUGGGAAAUGCAAGUGCAUACAAAUUUCCACUCAAAUAAAGAAAACAUGAAUGUAGACAAUUUACUGAUGGUAUUAUGUAACAAAACAAUUACUGACCACAUCUGGACAACAGUGGGUUUAUGGACCUAUGAAAUCCAGACAUUUUGACAUGUUUAGAAGCAAAUGAAAAAACCCUGAAGUGACAAAACUAAACAGUUGUAUUUUAAUGUGAUUUGAUUAACUGAGAGCUUAUGAUUUGUUGUGAGAAAUAGUACAAGUUCUAAUCGGUACGAUUCCGAUACGACUUGUUGUAUAAGACUAAAGUUGUUCUGAUUUAGGUGUUGUCGCGGUACGAUUCGAUCGCAUGCGACAAGUCGGUAUGACUAAUCACGUAAUGAGAACGCCCCUUAAACUGUUGUUUACGCAUCACGCUCUAUGUACACGUGGAUUCCACGCUUUAUGUUGCAACAAGCCGGUCCACUCGAACAUGUACUGAAAAUAGAGAAAUGACGUUUUGAUCACUACCCUGUCUAUUGUUCUUAAAUGCAGACAGUUUUAGUAUAUUUUUGUUACGUUUAUUUAAAUGCGACUCAGGGUCACUUUUUAUAAACAUGCUUUGAUUCUGCAAUGACUGAUGUUAAUAUAUAUGUUUUUAGUAUUAUUUUUUAGCAUUAUUUUUUAAUGAUUGGUAUAUAGUUUGGUAUUAUUACCAUGUACAGUUGUGACUGGUCUAACGGUCACCUGUAUAUAACUAUCACCUGUCCAUAACGGCCACCAUAAUUCCCGCACAAUGCAUUUCCUUCUUUAUUUUACCUGUAUAUAAUGGCCACCUGUUCAUUGUGGCCAACGGCCUCUAUUUUUAAACAAAAAUGAAUGGUUGAACCUGCUAUAACAGCCACAGAAUUACAAUGACCACCAUUUUUUGUCCAAAAUUAAGUUAAACUUGCCAUAACGGAUACAAGAUAUAUACAUGUAUUGACCUGCGCCGUCACAAUAUAAAGUUAUUGUUUUACUUAAGUUGAAAUAAAACAGAUGCAUGCUCCAGUGAUAUGUUCAGUCAUUUAAUUUACAAGGCAACUUGUUGUUGGCUGAAGUAAGGCUUGCAUUGAACUUACAUAUAUAUUCGACUCAUCAACACUGACAGGUAGUGUAUUGUAAGAUGUGUGAUUGCUGCUAGUCAGACAAUCUGCCACCAUGUUUGUUCAGUCAUUACAUAUCGGCAAACUGACACUUUUAUUAAUGUAUAAUGAUUUCUUACCUGUAACCUUUUGCAUGUCAUGCAUUAAUUUAAUAGGCAACAGAAUACAGUUGAAAGCAAUUAAAGAUAAAUGACUUUUUUUAAAAGUGUGUAAUAGAAUGAGUUUGAACAAAACUUUAAAUAACAUUUUUAUGUACUAAAAUAUAUUAUUUUA